AUGCUUGAUAUUAUUCAAUUCCUGGAAGAAAAGGGCGGGAAUCCCGAGGAGAUCCGAAAGUCUCAACUUGCUCGUGGUGAUCCUGUUGAAAUUGUCGACGAGAUUAUUGCCGAUUACAAGGAAUGGACCAAGAUCCGAUUCCGAGUGGAUGAGUUGAACAAGGAACAGAACAAGCUUCAAAAGGCCAUUGGCUUGAAAUUCAAGGCCAAGGAAGAUGCCAGUGAACUUGUCAAGGAAAAGGAUGCCAUUGUUGCCAAGAAACAGAGCUUGAUUGCUGAAGAAGAAGAGGCCGACAAGGCAUUGCGUGCCAAGGUCAACCUUGUAGGUAACAUUGUCCACCCUUCAGUUCCUGUCAGUCAAGACGAGGCCAACAACGAAUUAAUUAGAACCUGGGCUCCUGAAGGUGUUGUUGUUGAUGCUUCUGUCAAGGCCAAAUUGUCUCAUCACGAGGUUCUUCUUCGUUUGGACGGUUAUGAUCCCGACAGAGGUGUCAAGGUUUCUGGUCACCGUGGAUACUUUUUACGUGGUAACGGUCUUUUUCUUAAUCAAGCUUUGAUUAACUACGGUCUGGAUUUCUUGGCCAAGCGUGAAUACACUCCUUUGCAAGCUCCUGUUAUGAUGAACAAGGAUGUCAUGGCCAAGACUGCCCAAUUGUCGCAAUUCGACGAGGAGCUUUAUAAGAUCAUUGACGGUACUGAUGAGAAGUAUUUGAUUGCCACCUCUGAGCAACCUAUUUCUGCUUACCACUCUGGUGAAUGGUUUGAACAGCCUUCUGAACAGCUCCCCAAGAGAUACGCUGGUUAUUCCAACUGUUUCCGUCGUGAGGCCGGUUCUCAUGGUAAGGACGCAUGGGGUAUCUUCCGUAUCCAUCAAUUCGAUAAGAUCGAGCAAUUCUGUCUCACCGAGCCCGAGAAGUCCUGGGAGGAGUUUGAGAGAAUGGCUGGUGCUGCCGAAGACUUCUACAAGUCUUUGAACAUCCCCUACCGAUUGGUUGCCAUUGUUUCUGGAGAGCUCAACAACGCUGCUGCCAAGAAGUACGAUCUGGAGGCGUGGUUCCCAUUCCAAAGCGAAUACAAGGAGCUAGUGUCAUGUUCCAACUGUACCGACUACCAAUCCCGAAACCUCGAGAUCAGAUGCGGAAUCAAGAAACUCAACGACCGUGAAAAGAAAUACGUCCACUGUCUCAACUCCACUCUGUGUGCCACCCAACGUGCCCUCUGCUGUGUCCUCGAGAACUACCAAACCGACGACGGCCUGCGCGUGCCCGAAGUGCUCCGUAAAUUCAUCCCCGGCGAGCCCGAGUUCCUCCCCUACGUCAAGGACCUCCCCAAGGACUCUACCUCCAACAAGAGAAAAUAG